AUGCCAUACCAAUGUAAAGAGUUUGAUAAAGCCUUCAAUACUCCCUCAGACCUCACUGAGAGCCAGAGAAUUCAUACUCAAGAAAAACCGUACAAAUGUAGAGGGCAUCCUAAAUCUUUUGCCUUUUCCUCACAACUUGUUGUUCAUCAGACAAUCCACACUGGAGAAAAACCAUACAAUUGGUAUAUUGACAUUCAAGGAUGUGGCCAUCGAGUUCUCCAAGGAGGAAUGGGAAUGUCUGGACCCUUCUCAGAGAGCUCUGUACAGGGACGUGAUGUGGAGAAUUACAACAACCUGGUCUUUGUGGGCAUUAAAUAUGCCCUCAUCAUGUUUUUCAUCACCUCCAUCUAUUACUUUGAGUUGUGGAGAAUCCACACUGAAAAGAAACCAUACAGAUGUGAAGAGUGUAGUAAACCUUUUGCUACUUCCUCACAACUUGUUGUACAUCAGAGAAUCCACCCUGAAGAAAAACCGUACAAAUGUAAAGAGAGUGGUAAAUCUUUUGCUUCUUCCUCACAACUUGUUCUGCAUCAGAGAAUCCACACUAGAGAAAAACCAUACAAAUGUAAACAUUGUGACCUUAAUAAACAUCAGACAAUUGUUUGCACUGAAGAGAAACUUUACAAAUGUAAACAAUACAGCAAAGUCUUCUAUUCUAACUCAAACCUUAAGAAACAUCAGAAAGUUCAUACUGGAGAGAACCCAUACAAAUGUAAGGACUGUGACAAAUCUUUCAAUCAAUGCUCAAGACUUAGAAACCAUCAGAGAAUUCAUACUGCACAAAACCCCUACAAAUGA